AUGCUUUCUGUCCCUUGAAUGUUGAAGAUAGUUGAUGUCUAGAACCCACAUAAAGGACAUCCAUAGAAUUCUCCGAGGGUCAGUCAGAUAUGUCCACUUCGAUCAUCACCUGUGUAUAUAAAGGCACUUGACUACCUUGGUAUGACACACACACACACACUCUUUCUCUCGCUCCUCACAAUUACAGUAGGUACCUUAGCUAGAUAGCAAUGGCAAGGACGCCAAGUCUUGUGACACUCGCCCUUGUUAUGCUUCUCGUUUUAACAGGAGAGAACCAUGCGGCUAUUAGCAGGAGCAUUGAGGCUCCAUCACCUCAGCCCCAGAUAAGCAGCAACAACCAAACCAUGCAUGGAGCCACGGAAGGCAGCCUUGAACCUCAUGAGUGUGGCCCUCGUUGCAGCACGAGAUGCUCAAAGACACAAUAUAAGAAGCCAUGUCUGUUUUUCUGCCAAAAGUGUUGCGCCAAGUGCUUGUGCGUUCCUCCGGGCACCUACGGCAACAAGCAAUUCUGCCCUUGCUAUAACAACUGGAAGACAAAGAGAGGGGGUCCCAAAUGCCCUUAAUUCAAUUAAUCCCUUACUUAAUUUGUACAUGUGUGUAAUCUCUCGUGUGCAUGCAUAAUGUUAAUUAUAUAACACCCUCUUCGUUCCGCAGCCUAUUGUGUAUUUAAUUUUAUUUGGCUAAUGCUGAGUCUUUGAUUAGAUGGCA